AGUUUGUAAUUGUUGAGACGGAGAGUUGCAGCAGAGGUCCAUUUUGAGAUUUACAAUCGUCAGGAAAGCAUCUCUGAAGAACAUUCCGCAACUUGUUUAUUUUAGUUCAUCGAUCUUAAUCACCCAAGACUUAAUCAUGAACCGAGGAGGAUCAAGCUAUUCCGGAAAGCCCGACAAGGAGUUCGAAAUCAAGAAUUCCGACAUGAGCAAAGAGAUGGAAGAUGACGCCGUCGAACUCGCGCUGUCAAUGCUCCGUGAUAAACAGAACAAACCACUCGAGAAGGACGUCGCUGCCGAACUCAAGAAGGAAUUCGACACAAAGCACGAGCCAACCUGGCAUUGCAUUGUGGGUCGUAACUACGGCAGCCACGUGACACAUGAGAAGAAUCAUUUUAUCUACUUCUACGUCGGGCGGACGGCUAUUCUUCUCUUCAAAUCUGGCUAGCUACUGGGCAUCGACCAUA